AUUAGGCACUAAUCCUCUUGACUGUGCUCACAACGUGCCAGAUAUGGAUCAAGUCCCUUGGAUGGUUCUGGUUAGCAGGAUAUUUCUGGUCAGCCACGUUUUAAGUUUACCACAGUCAAUGGCAGUGGAGUCAGAAGAGGAAGCGCCAUCAGAGUGGAAGCUGUGGAAGAGAACUUACGGAGUGGACUAUGAAGAAGAGAGGGAUGACAUGCAAAGAAGAGCCAUUUGGGAGAAAAACAACAACCUAAUUGAGGAUAACAAUAGAAGAUUUUUUAUUGGCAUGUCCAAGUUUUCUAUGGCAAUGAACAAAUACGGAGACCUGACCCGGUUGGAGUAUAAUCAGUUACUUGGAGCCAAGGUAAAAGGAAAUGCACACAAGAAGGGAAAAACUGCCAAUGCUCGCAAGCUACGGUACCAUGCUCAGAGUCUACGACUGACCUCAAUAGACUACAGACAGAUGGGAUAUGUCACAGAGAUUAAAGACCAAGGCUACUGUGGGUCAUGUUGGGCAUUCAGUACUACAGGAGCCAUUGAGGGACAAAUGUUCAAGACCACAGGCCAGCUUAUAUCUCUUAGUGAGCAGAAUCUGGUGGACUGUUCAAGGCCAUAUGGCACAUACGGCUGCAAUGGGGCUUGGAUGGCAAAUGCUUAUGAUUAUGUGAUUAACAACGGACUGCAGGCCUCUGAUACAUACCCUUAUACCUCAGUGGAUACACAGCCCUGCUUCCAUGACAGCAGCAACAUUGUGGCACAAAUCAGAGACUACAGGUUCAUUCCCACUGGAGAUGAGCAGGCUUUGGCUGAUGCUUUGGCAACUAUUGGGCCAAUCACUGUAGCAGUUGAUGCUGACCAUCCAAGUUUUCUGUUCUAUAGCUCAGGAAUCUAUGAGGAGCCCAGUUGUAAUCCGAAUAACCUGAGCCAUGCAGUCCUUUUGGUUGGCUACGGCUCAGAGGGGGGCAGAGACUACUGGAUCAUCAAAAACAGCUGGGGCACUGGUUGGGGAGAAGGAGGAUACAUGCGUAUGAUCCGAAAUGGCAGCAACACCUGUGGCAUCGCUAGCUAUGCUCUCUACCCCAUUGUAUAA